CAUUGUGAAUGGAUCGUUGAAAGAUCAUCUUCAUCAUCAACUCUUUAUGCCUUUUAUGCGUAUACGUAGUAACAGUACAAUAACCUUUAAUUCUUGUCCGUCUCCUUCUAGUUCCUUUCUUCCUCAACUGACUGUUUCAUAUCUUGAUUUUGACACUUCUUGAUAAUUGUAACCAAACUUACCAAUUUGUUACUCAUUUCCUUCAGAAUAAUUCAUUUUUACCUAUUCAUCAUACCAUCAAAAUGACCGAAAUUCCUAGUUCUUAUCAGUGUGUCAAUGUUUAUGCAACAUCGUGUACUACUGAUAAUCUUAGUCGCCAUGAGAUGUUGGGUUGGGUCAAUGACAGCCUUCAGUCAAACUACAAAAAGAUUGAGGAACUCUGCUCUGGAGCCGCAUAUGGACAGUUUAUGGAUCUCUUGUUUCCAGGAACUAUUGGUGUCAAGAAGAUUAAAUUCCGAACCAACCUGGAACAUGAAUAUAUCCAAAACUUCAAACUCGUGCAGGCUGCUUUUAAAAAAGUUGGUUGCGAUAAGGAAAUUCCCAUUAAUAGACUCGUGAAAGGUCGUUUUCAAGAUAAUUUUGAGUUUUUACAAUGGUUUAAGAAGUUCUUUGAUGCUAAUUACGAUGGUCGGGAUUAUGCACCGUUAGAAGCACGAGGUGGAGUACCAUUAGGGUCGGGAGUUCAAGCCUCUGGAAAUUUACAAUCAUCGAAUAGCAGCUUUACAAUGCCCAGUCGUAUGCCUCUUCAGAGUAAACCCAGUGCAGCAGCAACCAAACCAGUUGCAAGAACAGCUCCUGUUCAAUCAAGACCAACACCCACUCGGACAGCUAGACCAACACAACCCAGAGGUGCUCACAAUGACCACAAUAAUGACCAAAACAUUGAUCCUCGAAUGGAGGAGGUUGAAGGACAAAUGAGUAAUCUCAAGUUAACAGUUGAUAGUUUGGAAAGGGAGAGAGACUUUUAUUAUGGUAAACUACGUGAUAUUGAAGUUCUCUGCCAAUCUACCCAAGAAAAUGAAGAGGAAGACAAAGCGUCUCUCAUUGAAAAGAUUUUGAACAUUCUUUAUGCCACCGAGGAAGGUUUCGCUGUUCCCGAAGAAGGAGCUGAAGAGCCUCGAACAGCUGUUGAGGGUGCUCUAGAUGAGUAUUAAUUGCAUUUACUGUCAUCAUCAUCGCAUCUAAUCAUCACAUUUAUUAUUUAAAGAAAUUGCAAAAGAUUUAAAAAAUGAAAUCACCACCAUGUUUUAUCUAAAAAACCUAAGUGAAUUGAAUCGAUCCCGCCGUGAAAAAAAGGAUUAUCCCCAUUAAUACUUGUUAUUAAACAGUCCAAUUAAGCUUUUCAACAAUAUUGUGACAACUUUUAUUCACAACUUGUUACGGUUUCCAAGAAUUGCAAGUCUUAGUUGACAGUCGCUUUAACAGAUGGCACUGUAUGCCUUAAAUACUUGAAGCUGAUCAAAAAGUGAAAUAUAAAGAGUUAAUUGUUGAAGUCUACUAUA